AUGAGUAAGGAAGAACAAAAGGAAAUGAUGGCUUUGAGCCCUGUUUUGGGCAAGGAAUGUUUAUUAUACCAUGGAUUUCCAAAAGAACAAGGCAGCCUGGCCGUACAGUGGAGUUCACCUACGCUGCUGACUCAAGGGCAUUCUAUUCUGUUGAAAUGCAUUGCAAAUUUACCCUUUCCACAGAUGACUCAUCCAGAAAAACAGCGAGGAGAAAAUCUAACAGAACUAAUGGAAUUUGUGCUCUUGGAUUUUGCUGAUGUCCCCCAUUUGCAGGGAUUUCUGUUUGGAUUAUUUUUUAUUAUCUAUAUUAUUAUCCUGAUGAGCAAUGGGAUUAUAUUUAUAAUAACAAAAUUGGAUCCUGUUCUCCAGAGCCCAAUGUAUUUCUUCCUAGGAAAUUUCUCCUUCUUGGAAAUCUGCUAUGCAUCAGUUACUCUCCCCAGAAUGCUGGUGAAUCUAGUGACUCAAAGAAGAAGGAUUUCCGUAGUUGCUUGUGCUUUCCAGAUGUGCCUGGUCUUAAUAUUUGGAGCCACAGAGUGUUUGCUCCUGGUCGUGAUGGCCUAUGACCGCUACGUGGCCAUUUGUAACCCUCUGUACUAUCCUCUAGUCAUGAACCACAGAUUCUGUGUCCAGUUGGUGAUUGGCUCCUGGAUCAUGGGAAUUCCAGUAAUAAUAGGGCAGACAUAUCAGAUUUUCACUCUACACUUUUGUGGAUCUAACCAAAUCAACCACUUCUUCUGUGACAUUUCCCCAAUACUCAAGCUGGCUUGUGAGGAUACGUAUAUAAAUGAGAUGGUGGUCUUUAUUGCUGCUCUAUUGAUUAUUCUAAUUCCAUUUAUAUUGAUUCUUGCCUCCUACAGUAAAAUCAUAUUUACCAUUCUAAAGUUUCCAUCAACCACUAGUCGGACCAAAGCUUUCUCUACCUGUUCAUCUCAUCUGAUAGUUGUGGUAUUAUUCUACGGCUCUGGCAUGAGUACAUACUUAAGGCCCAAGACCAACCAGCCAGAAGGAACUGGCAAAGUGCUUUCUCUUUUCUACACAAUUCUAACUCCUAUGUUCAAUCCUAUGAUAUACAGUCUAAGAAACAAGGAUGUCAUGGACGCACUGAGAAAAUUGCUAUGUAAUAAAUCACUCCAUUAA